UAGACAUUUGUAGACAUGUAUGCAAGAUCCAUGAUUAUGGAGUCCCAAAGCAAAUAUGUUAGCAGAAAUUUGCGUUAACUAAACUGAAUAUGAAUUUGGAUAAAAAGAAGACUCAAGUCAUAUUGUUGUUUUUAGCUAUAAUAUUAGUAAUUAUUCUACUCCAAAUGCAGUCGCCACGUCGUCCAUCUGAGCUACUAAAGUCUGAAUAUGAAGCUAAACAAGAGCUGGAAAGGUUUCAGGAGACUGUCAGAAAGUUUGUGAAAUCGAAGGCCGAAAUGGAACAGCGCUUGGAGAAGAUUGAGAUAAAUCAAAAUACUGUAAUGAGGUUGAUGGAUAGGCUUGACGGGAAUUCUCAAAAUGAGAGUGCAGUAACCCAAGCUAACAAAGUUGAGGGAGAACACGAAAAAGAAGUCGAUCCUUUCAAUUUAACUGGUGAGAUAAAACGAGGAGAUCAUUGUUUUGAUUCUGCUGCACAAGGACUUGGUGGCAUCAUUAAAACUUAUAAAUGUCAUAAAAAAAGCCGAAAUCAGAAAUUCCGAAUGGAAAAUGGUAGUAUAAAACAUAAACGUUGGUGCCUAGCUGUGAAAGUGCUUACAAAAGGAGAAUUCAUCAAGUUAAGAAAUUGCGGUGACAAGAGAUACUUACAAAAAUGGAGUUUCCAAGAUAAGUUCAUAAAAGCUGCAAACAGGAACUUUUGUAUGUCGGAAAAAUUGGGUUCGGCUUCGGCUGUUGCCUUAGCCAUAUGCGACGAAAAUGAUGAAACGCAAAAAUGGGAUCUGAGUAACUGAGUUAACGGUGAAUUUGGACAGACUGACAACGACAACAAUAAUAAAGACUAUGUUAUCAAUCUCAUGUGCAAGUAUUAUGAUAAAAGUUUUCGCUGGAAUGCAAUACAGUUGAUCAAUCAAGUGGGAUUUAACGUCGCUUCAAAAAAAGGUGUGUCGGUCAAAUCUCAAAUGAAGACAAAUGACUUGGGAAUCACUACUGGUAAAUAAAAUGGAAAUAGACUGAUAUUCUUGAUUUUUAGCCAUAGCUAACCAAUAACGUAAAAGUAACGUUCUCACGGGACAGUUGCACGGUUAAAAUCCGUUUAUCACUGAUUUAGAAAAAUCAAUUUGAGACUGAGACUGGCUUAAUAGGGAAUAGAUCUGUAUUCUGUCCUAUCAAGCAGGACAGGGGUGGAUCCAGCACUAGUGCACUAAUUUGCAUCAUGGGAUUGUUUUUUGUGGACGGUUUUAGUCCCCCAAAACAGCCUCAUCAUGCUCUAGUGCGACUCAAAUAUGUUGAGAUUUUUAAAAAAUACUCUCAUAGAUCCAUCGUAAUUAUCGCUUAACUUCAACUCUCAUAGAUCUUGUGAAUGACUGAACCCGCAUCUUAUGCAUCAUGCAUUUAUGUUGCAAUAAUUAAAUGUGUAGUAUGUA